AUGAGUCGAUUUGUCCAGUACAAACUGAAGACGCAAGUGCCCAGAGGGGAGAGUUUGCACCUUCAGAGGUGGAUCAUGGUCCGCAAAAGGUCUGACAACGGGUACAGCAUCUAUAGGGGCUCUUUGCUCAGCUUCCAGAAUCUGAUGAGUACACAAUCGAUUACAUUCCCAGAGGUGGCAGAUGGACCAUCGAUUCUCGCUAUAAUAUCAAUCCUCUUUAUCGUCCUGUCCACCAUCGCCUUGUCUCUCAACACCUUACCAGAGCUCCAGGUCACGGACGAGUUUGGUCAAGCCAAUGACAACCCUCAGCUGGCCCAUGUGGAGGCUGUUUGCAUCGCGUGGUUCACCAUGGAGUACCUCCUACGCUUCCUGUCCUCUCCGAACAAGUGGAAGUUUUUUAAAGGCCCACUGAAUGUCAUUGAUCUGCUGGCCAUCCUACCCUACUAUGUCACCAUCUUCCUAACAGAAUCCAACAAGAGUGUGCUACAGUUCCAAAAUGUGCGCCGUGUAGUACAAAUAUUCAGAAUCAUGAGAAUAUUGAGAAUCUUGAAGUUGGCCAGACACUCUACGGGGCUCCAGUCUCUAGGGUUCACUUUGAGAAGGAGCUAUAAUGAGCUGGGCUUGCUCAUAUUAUUUCUUGCCAUGGGCAUCAUGAUAUUUUCCAGUUUGGUGUUCUUUGCUGAGAAAGAUGAAGAUGCCACCAAAUUCACAAGUAUUCCUGCCUCGUUCUGGUGGGCCACCAUUACAAUGACUACUGUGGGCUACGGGGAUAUUUACCCACAGACUUUACUUGGAAAGAUCGUCGGUGGACUCUGCUGUAUUGCAGGGGUGCUAGUCAUUGCCCUACCAAUCCCUAUCAUUGUCAACAACUUCUCAGAAUUUUAUAAGGAGCAGAAGAGGCAAGAGAAAGCCAUCAAGAGGAGGGAGGCAUUGGAGAGAGCCAAGAGAAACGGCAGCAUCGUAUCAAUGAACCUAAAAGAUGCCUUUGCUCGUAGUAUGGAAAUAUUGGAUGUGGUGGUAGAGAAAGGUGAGGACAAAACUUCCCUGGACAAUCACCUUACACCAAACCGUUUGGGUAGCUCCACCAGGCACGCUACUUCCGAGAGCAGUCUCCGAUCUCCAGACAAACGAAACCCAGAGUUAGGAUCUCAAAGCUCACCCCAUGGUAUAACCAUCGCCACCACUGGAAGUCAGCAUCGGAUAAGCAGGACCCCACAGCACCUGAGCGUUCAGAAACUGGAGGAAAUGUACAACCAGAUGACCAAGUCUCAAUCCUUCACGAAUCUGAACACCACAAGUUCUAUGAGCACUCUGAGCACAACUAUGACUGUCCCUGGAUCUCCAAAGAAAUCUCUCAGCCCUGACUCUACGUUAAAGGAAGAGGUGCUACUUGAAAUGAGGGAAGUCAGGGAUUCUUUGAAAGACAAUGUAGCCAGCUGUCCAGCAGAGUGCAUAAACCAGGGUUUCAACCAGGCUGGUGAUGAUGAUGGGUUAUAUGAGAUCAGACACCCCACAAUUCCACCGCUUUUGAAUUUUAGCCACUUGAGGUGUACUGGUAAUGACUUCUAUGAAUCUCACAACCCAUGCGACGGAUCAGAUUUACAUACAGAGGAAGGAAAACGCUUCAACAGUGCUGUGGAGAUAACCCAAAGCUCUCUGUCUGAAAAUAAUCCUCCAAAAAUAAAAGGGUUGAAGAGUAACUUCAACAAAUCCUCCAAUGAUGGUCCUAUUACUCCGCCUAGCACCACCUCUCCUGGGGACAUUAGCUCAAGUGUCCUGGGAGACGAGUCCCCAACGGGAGAGACAUCACCACUUAUUCCCAGUUCGGAAGAGCUUAUCCCAGUCACAUUAGAGGGCCCCUGCAGCUUCUCCCCUAAGAAACUAUUGGUAGACACCCCACCUGGUGAUGAAGAUCAGUCCACAGACAACCACGAGGAGAAGCAACUCAUGGAGGAGGCUGGCGCUGCAGUUGCACCCUUGUCCCCCAAAACAGCAGCACAAAAUUGCUCCCAAGGCAACAAUCCAGCUCUUUUUCAGAGUAAAUAUGUUAAAGCAGCUGGCCAUGAUGAAAAAUCCUUGAUAUGUGCCUUUCUAGCAAGAGUAAUGCACGGAAAGCAGCUGGAUGUCCUGUUUGAAAAAGAUGAACGUGUAAUGCCUCUGAUGUCUGCUGCCGUUGUUUGGUCAAGCCUGGAAAACGCAGUGGAAGAUGAAGGCUUAUUCAAAGAGAUCACCGGUCUCCUGUUUGUCCAGGCUGUGGCCGUCUGCCUGGAGAAAGGCCAGAGAGCUUCUGCCUCCUCGGUUCUCAAGUGGUUUGAAAAAAGACACACAUACCCUCGGAACUUGGGAAUUAAGCUCUCGACUAUCGUCACAAAAACUGAUACUUACCACCCGGUCCUCAUGAGCUUCAGCUUCAAGCGCCUCCUGGAGACCAUAAACUCCUUCUUGGACAACUAUUUGAAAAAGAAUCCAUGUGAUUUCCUCAUCAAGACAGCUACAGGUUUUGUCCAAUCUUCCCAAAACGUUAUGGACUCGGAGUCUGUGGAGUUACAAGACAGCACUGUCUCGGAAAAGCAAAGUGAAACAACACAGAAGAACAAAAAAACAAAACGCAAACUGCUCUCUACUAAACUUACCGAGGCAUGGUCACCUGAUACCACGAAGAAGCCCUGUGUUUCUCUCCGGCGUCUCUCCAGAAGUGAGGUGUGUCACCUGACGGCGAGGAAGAGUUUAGAAACCUCCCCCCUGCAAAAUAGUGAAAAGUGCACGGAAAAGAAAACACGAAAGAAAUGGACUGCCCAGCUGGACAAGUACCUUCAAGACGGGGUCAAACGUCACGGACAGGGGAACUGGUCUCGAAUCUUACUGGAUUAUGACUUUGAGGGACGCACUGGCACCAUGCUGAAAGACCGCUGGAGAGUUCUGCUAAAGGCACACAAAGUCAGCUGAAGAAAAGGCAGCCUCCAAUCUCUUGUUUCAGCUGGGCUAAUGGAGCAGUUUGUACAUAAAAUUACCCACUGAUGAAAACAUUAUUUUUUUUUAAUUUAUGUAAGAAAAAUUAUAUUUUGUUUGCAUGUUUUUGUUCCACAUUAGUGUUGUAAAUUUGUAAAAUUGUAAAGCUAUUUGGCUGUACCGCUUCUCCAAUUUCAAUU